UGCUUGGCAACCAGGAUCCGAAGUCAACAAAAGAAGAAGUGCACACGGGAGAGGUGAAGACCAUGCGUCGCUCAGCUGCCAAAUCACGGGCCGAUAAAAGCCGCACUGAUUCUGUCCCAGUUAGUGCUGCUCCACCGCCACCCACAAUACAACCCGUUGAGACCGUGGACAUUGUCCCAGGCCGUCUCACCGAGUCCACCUGGAACAGCAUGCUCUCCCAGGCGGAGGGUGAGGAGGUGGUGGCAGACAUUAUAGCAGAACUGAUGGAAGGAGUGAUGGACAAAUGCUAUCAGGUGUAUCUAAAAAGACAGCUGGUACCCUUCUCAGUGUGGUGGGCACAAAACAACCUGGUGGAGACGCUAGAAUGUCUUCUACUGAGGAGAGAUGAAGGGGAUGAUCCAGAACAUGAACUCUUUUGGCAAGAGGAUCCUGAACCUCAGCCAUGUGCGAUUGAUUCUUGGGCUGAAGGAUGUGUACCUGUGCUUCACGCUGCUCAGAAAUAGCACAACACUUUAUUGCAGAACUACACCAUCUUCGACCUGCUAUGGCUCAAUUCCAACAGAGAGAUUAUACCAAACUAUUCACGAAAACCAAAGAAAGUCUGACUUCAUUAAAACUCCAGACACAAGGAAAGGAACUCAAAGGAAGAAAAUCUUUGAUCCUCAUAGGGGCAUAAUUGCCUCUGUUUUGUUGCCAAGUUUAGUCCUAAUUCACUUCAGAACUAAAAAAAUGAUUUCAUUUGGGUGUCUCAGCCUCAAAACAUUGUCAUCAAAGACAAUUUUGGCCUGAGGUGAAGAAACAGAGAUCCAGAAGCUCAUGGACUGAUGUUGUAGCCCUUAGGCCACAAGUGGCAACAGACCAGAACAGUGUGAACCAAGGCUGGUAUAAAAACAAAAAGACAAAUAAAUAAAUUAAAUUAUAUAUGUAUACACAGUUGAGGUCAAAAGUUUACAUAUACCUUGCAGAAUCUGCAAAAUGUUAAUUAUUUUACCAAAAUAUCAUACAGAAUAUGCAUUUAUUACAGAAGGUUUAAAUGCUCACUGAUGCUCCAGAAGGAAAAACAAUGAUUUAAGAGCCAGAAGUGUAAAUUUCGAGCAAAAUGAAAAUGUGUACAUUUUUCCUAUUUUGC